AUGGAGGAGCAUAUAUGUGGCUUGCAGAACGGUGAAAGGAAAAAGACGUUUACACACAUUUUUCAAAUCGGUGGAAACACGCCGAGAACGAAGAUGCACUUCGACAGUAUGGCGCAAGUGUCUGCCGAGAGAGAAAGACACGCCGCUUACUGGUGUAUCAUUCAUCCUUUUAGCAAUUGGAGAUUUUUCUGGGACUUGAUAAUGACGGUGAUAUACCUAAUCGCAUUUCUGACAAUCCCAUUCUCAGUUUGCUUCAUCAUAAUGAGCCACGAUGAGGUUCUAAUGGAUAAAUUCAAUAUUUCAAUUUAUACUUUCUGCUGGCUCGACAUAGUAUUCAACUGCUUCACUGGAUAUUACGAUAAGAACAGCAUGCAGGUGGAAUUGAAUCCCUCGAAGAUAUUCCUGAGAAAAAUUUUUUCUCCACACAGAAACUAUCUUAAAACUUUUCUCAUAUUGGACGUCGUCUCGUCAUUGCCAUGGGAUCAUAUAACUUUGCCUUGGCGAACUGUUCCCGGAAGAGAAUCUAAUCACUUAGUCGCUUUACUCAAUCUCCUACCUUGUUUGAAGCUGUCGCGUUAUGGCUACGUCAAUAAACAAAUUUCCGAGCUUUUCAUAGUAACUAUCCUUCUUUAUUUCGAAAUUAUGCACUUCUAUUAUGAAAUGUUCGCCACCCUCAUGAUGGGAUUUUACAUAAUGUACUGGUCCUCGUGUCUGUGUUAUUUGAUCCCAGUGUUGGUUUUGCACUUCAGCAACUCCUCGCACGACGAAUGUCCCGAAUGUUGGAUGACAGGAUUAGACAGUGACAGCAUAGCCUUCAGGUUCCAAUACGCGCUGUUCAUCGUCGUGGAAAAAUUGUCAGCGAGUGGUUACGGUGGCUACGUGCCAGACACCGACGGGCACAUAGUACUGAGCUGCGCCCUUAUGCUCAUUGGCAGGGUGCUCGAGUGUUAUAUCGCAGGCAUGGACAUUUUUAUCACUUUUCUCGAAUCGCAAUCACAAACCUCCAUGAUAACGAGACUGAUUAAAUUUCAAGUGAUGCUGAUUCAAAUAAAGGCGGGAAGGAUGGCGUCGAAAUUGAAGUUCCAAGAAAUAAUCAAUCAGUUAGGCGCGUACACGUGCCAGAAGCAACUGCCGGCGCACAUGAAGAUUCGUCUUCUAGCUUAUUAUUAUUGCCGCUUUAGAAAUAGCUAUUUCCGCGAGAAGAAUAUUCUGUCCCAACUGUCAGAGAGGCUACGUCAGGAGAUUGCUUUCCAAUCGAGUCACCGUUUGAUUGAGAACGUAGCGAUAUUCAAGGAAUUGCCCAAGUCCGUUUUGCGAUUGAUCGUGAAGCAUUUGAAGUUCGAGCUUUAUCUGCCGAACGACGUGAUCGUGAAAGCUGGAGCUGUCGGCGAUUGUAUGUUCUUUCUGUCUGCCGGAACCGUGGCUGUUCUAACACCCACUGGGAAAGAGAUCUGUCACCUGAAUGACGGAGCCCAUUUCGGAGAGAUAGCGCUUCUAGUUCCUGAUCAGAGGAGGGUCGCGAGCGUGAUCGCGAUCGAGGUGUGCGAGGUGUACCGUUUGGAUCGUAAAAACUUUCGGAAAUGCAUCGCCGUGCACACGGAGUUAUUCGCCAAGAUCGAGAAAAUCGCGAGCGAGAGGAUCGAGAAAGCUAUGGUCGUCGAAGAACAGCAUAAACGUCAUGCCAGUGUUAUGCAAAAGACAGUGUUAUGAAAAAAAAAAACUCUUCGAAUGAAGAAACGAAACACAUUACUGCAAAAGAAAAUUAAUUCAGAUAACGUAUAUACGUAACAGUGUGUUCAACAAUAGCAUGCGUAAUGAUAUGUUCGAUAAUAAUAAGUUAAUGUAGCAAUUAAGUUAGCAAUAACGUUUGUGCUUGUUAAAUAUACAAUAUGAUGACGAGGAUUUAUGUGCAAUAAAACGUCGUUGAAAAAAUUCGCGUGUCUGUUAAUUACGAGGAGGAUUGAACUCUUUUGGCAAAUUGUUUUGUAUAU